AUGGCGGAAAUUCUCUCUCGUUUACUUUCCUUCCCUCCCACACCUUCGCCGAAAGGACGUCCAACAUCUGAUGUGAAGUACGAUAAAGAGAUACGGGGUCAUUAUUUGGAGCUAAAAUGCAUACCUUCGCAGAAGUUGGUUGCGCAUAUCCCUGGAAAGGGAAAUUUUCUGGAGUUGCUGGAUCCAGGACGUCAAACUCUGGCUUACAUUUUUGUUCUUCUAUCCCACUAUCAGGUUUCACAGGAAGAUACCAAGGAGCCAUUUCCAGUUGCAUGGCUUCCGGGAGGGGAGCUAUGGUCAAAGUCAAUAACACUCCUGAAAGUGUUUGAUCGCAUCCAGGUGAGGUACGCUGGCCAGGAAUUCCGAAAUCUUGUUGAAAUGGUUGCGAAAUCAGCCGAGAUUUCGUCACGACCUCUGGUGGCUCUUCAUCCUUUAAAACACGCUAUACUCCGUCUUGACCCAUCGUCCUCCACCUUCACAUCAUUGCAUACCACAUUUGUACGCCUGUGUCUUCUAUCGAGGUCUUACCUCUGUGCUCUCGAUAUUCUAGAUAAGCCUCUCUGUCAUUUCCCAACUACUUCCGACAACCUAUUUAUUAAAAGGUCCCAAAUCCUUCCGUGCCAGCAACAUGAGUCAAGCAUGUCCUUUAUCACUGCCUCCUCAGGAUUGUCGGGAAAGAUAAACCACAGAUCUUACCUAGAGUACUUUCUGUACGGUGCGAUGAUUUAUAUGGGCCUCAAAAAAUGGGACAACGCCAUCCAUUUCCUUGAAAUAGUUAUUUCUGCACCUACAACAAACUCAUUAAGCAUGAUUAUGGUAGAUGCAUACAAGAAAUGGGUUUUGGUUUGCCUUUUGGAAAAGGGAAAGCCCCUCCCUAUGCCAAGAACGGUUACACCCUCCACAGCAAAAGUAUUCAGAUCACUAGCAAAACCCUACGACUCUCUAGCUGAUGUUUUCAAAUCUGGGGACUUUCGAAGGUUACAAGCAGAGGUUUCUGCUGGUGAAGCAGUUUGGUUUUCGGAUAACAACAUAGGCUUAGUUUCACAAGCCUUGCUUGCGUAUCAGCGUUUCUCUGUCGUGAAACUUGAAAAAACAUUCGCUGCACUAUCAACACUGGAUAUAUCGUCUUAUUUAGGGACCGACACCCAAUUGACGGAUGAUUUUGUGCAACUUUCAACCUCAACCAUCAGCCUGAAUCGAAAUUCUUGGCUAAUUUAA